AUGUCGUUCUUCAACCAGUUCCAUAAAAAGGGCACCAAUAUCACCAAAGUCUCAGAAACCAUAAAAGUCACCAGAACUAUCGUGCCUGCAUCGAAAACCGCGAAACCAUCCCCUCCUCCUCCUCGCGAGCCACGUUACGUCAGUAGUAACGGCUCCGCCACUAACCUCACGAAUAACUCCCAACCGUCCCGCAAGAGGAAGCUCCAAUCAUCGCGCGCCGAUACUCCAAACUCCAGUGGUAGUGGUAGCAGCAGUGUUUACUUCCCCACUGAUAUCCGAUCAUCAUCAUCUACACCUAUCAAGAAGCAGAAAUCUAGGACUACUCUUGCUAAACGUACACCGGAACUUGAAAACCGCUUGUCAAGUAGUGAGGACGAGUCGGACAAUAACUCUGAGAUGUCGGAUUUACGACGGAAGAGCCGGGCAAGUCGGUCGCUGGAGUCCGAUGUCACGAUAUACUCCGGUGAAAAGAGGAACAUGGUAAAUCCGGACUCAUUCACGGACCGUCCGCUCAGGAUUGUGGAUGCGCGGAGUAUCGCCAAUCUUAGCACCGGGGGGUAUAAACUAUACUUCCCGCAGGAUCUAGGACUCCCCACCGAUGUCUCAGUACACCACGUCGGUAGUCCCUUGACCGAGAAAUACAGCCUCGUAAUACCAGACGAUCUCGACGAAUUCAGACCUAUUGAUGAUAUCUCUUCCACAGUCGAAACAGUCGCCAAAUGCCUUAUGACGAAUGAUCAAGCGGAAGCUAUUCUUAACGAGGAGAACGGUAUCUUACGAAGACUCAACCGAUUCAAGAAUACGAAGAAGCAGAGGGACUACAUGUGUGUUUUGAAGGAAUAUAAUGUUUUGGUGAGGGAUAUGAGGAAGAACGGGAUGAUGAAGCAGAAUAUUGAGAAUUUGGAAGCUUUGCCGAGUACCCUGGUAGAUUACAUCCUUACACAGUGUUAUCAGAGAGUAGUCUCGAAAGAGGCUAAGUUAGUGAAGGAGGAUGAGAAAGCAUUUACGGAUAACGUAUACGGCGAACUCUUAGGACCUCUUCUACGACAGAUGUUUCAGAAGGCUGGACUUCGGCCAUCCUCAGUUUUUGUCGAUUUAGGGUCCGGUGUUGGUAAUGCGGUUCUCCAUACUGCUCUCGAAUACGGAUGCGAAAGCUGGGGUGUCGAGAUGAUGGCUCGAGCGGCGAAAGUCGCUGAGAAUCAGGCGAAGGAGUUUAAAUAUCGCACAAGACUCUGGGGUAUUAACACUGGCAGUGUGACACUGAAGCAUGCAUCGUUCUUUAAUUGCGACGAGAUAGACGCAGCAAUGAAGCGUGCUGACGUGCUGCUCGUCAAUAACUUCGCCUUUCAAGCCAAGACCAACGAUCAAUUAGUUCUGAAGUUUCUCGAUCUGAAAGACGGUGCAAAGAUUAUAUCCCUCAAACCCUUCGUUGAAGCUGGAAGAGUUAUAAAUGAUCGCAAUUGCGGGGAUCCACUGAAUAAUUUCCGUAGCGAAACGUUUGAGGCAUUCGGUGGCGGUAACGUCAGUUGGACUGAUAGUAGUCUGAAGUGGUAUCUUACGACCGUUGAUCGGGAACCAGUGAGGAGUUAUUGGAAACAGGCCGAGAGACCUCGAAGAAGAUGA